GGGAAUCCAACAAAUGAGUUGAUUAAUGAUUGGAACAUUCCUACGUAGGAUUAGAUUUCAGCCGAUGUUUGAUCAUUUUUGGAUGAUUCAAUUCUGUUUGAUCACCGGAUGACUGAAAGUUCGUGAAAGGCUGAGCCUUACACUAAUGGAAAUCUGAGAUUAGGCGCAGAAAUUGUUUUGAACUCGUUGGGAAGCUCCUUCAAUGUCUCCAUUGUCUCCUCGUUCAUCCGCCGCAGAUUAUCUCUGAGUGUGGAUGUUGAGAGGAGGAAAUGGAGGAAACAGGGCAAUUGAAAAGGGCUUUGAUUGAUGCCUCUGCUGGUGCCAUUUCUGGUGCUGUUCAGAGAACAGUUACUUCUCCUCUCGAUGUGAUUAAAAUCAGAUUUCAGGUUCAAUUGGAGCCGACCACACGAUGGGUGAUGCUCCGGAGGGAUGCAUACAGUUCAUCGAAGUAUACGGGUAUGCUGCAAGCAGCCAAGGACAUAUUUAGAGAGGAAGGCUUACCGGGAUUUUGGAGGGGCAAUGUUCCUGCCCUACUUAUGGUUAUGCCGUAUACAGCCAUCCAAUUUACAGUGUUGCACAAACUAAAAACAAUAGCUGCAGGUUCUUCCAAAUCAGAAGAGCACGUCCAUGUAAGUCCUUAUCUUUCGUAUGUUAGUGGUUCAUUAGCUGGAUGUGCUGCAACUGUUGGAUCAUAUCCGUUCGAUCUUCUUCGUACUAUAUUAGCUUCUCAAGGAGAGCCAAAGGUUUAUCUGACCAUGAGGUCUGCAUUUGUGGGUAUCCUUAAUACCCGAGGUAUUCGAGGAUUGUACGCUGGAUUGACUCCGACACUUGUUGAAAUAAUCCCUUACGCCGGAUUGCAGAUUGGAACCUACGACACAUUCAAACGCUGGAUGAUGGCUUGGAAUCACUACCGAUCUCCUUAUGCUCCCCACGGUGACGACGCCCCUUCAACCAUCCAGAGUUUACUAUGUGGAUUCGCUGCGGGAACAUGCGCUAAAGCAGUCUGUCAUCCACUCGAUGUGGUCAAGAAGAGGUUUCAGGUUGAAGGACUGCAAAGGGACCCAAGAUAUGGCGCUCGAGUGGAGCAUCGCGCCUAUAGAAAUACUAUCGAUGCAAUAAACCGGAUCUUGCGCGCAGAGGGUUUGGCAGGUCUGUAUAAAGGCAUCGUCCCGUCCAUUGUCAAGGCUGCGCCUUCAGGCGCCGUCACAUUCGUCGCCUACGAAAUUGCAGCAAGCUGGUUAGAAUCUGUUCUUACCUGAGUUUUUUACACUUAGCUUUCAUCCCUUCUUGAUUGAUUUGUUUUAGCAAAGAGUAAUGUAGGAGUAGCAAAUUAUUCUUUGGUAGUGAAGUAGAUAUUGUUCAUAGCCAUAUAUAUGCAUGUGUUUUGUUUUUUUUGUGUGUAUUUAUAUAUGAUCAUAUAUAUUUGAUUUAUGUAAUUGAAUUUAAUUUG